CGAAGUUGCUAGCUGGGGGCAGAGACGGCCACGCGGUUGCAGGAAUUGGCCAACGGCUCGUUUCCACCCUGCCUCGUUGGUGGCCACUGGAGAAGCGCGGGGGGCUCCCCAGACAGCCGUGGGGACAAGUUAGAGCCAGCACUUGACCCCGGGCCUCGCGUGUAGCUUCCCUUCCCCUGCUCUAGGUGCCCAGGCGUCUGGAGGGGGGUACGGGGGUGGGGGUGUGCCCUCCUUACAUGUCCCAUCCUUUGGGCAACCCUCUGGGCCUGUGUUCCAUCUCGCUCUUGCUUACUGCACGGUGGUCGAGGGGAACCACUUGGCAUCAUGUCCCGGUAUAGCUACCAAAGUCUCCUGGACUGGCUGUAUGGGGGCGUCGACCCCAGCUUUGCAGGCAAUGGGGGCCCCGACUGUGCUGCCUUCCUCUCUUGGCAGCAGCGGCUGCUGGAGAGUGUGGUGGUCCUGACCCUGGCCCUGUUGGAGAUCCUGGUGGCCCUGCGGCACAUCCUGAGGCAGACGAAGGAGGACGGUAGGGGUGGCCGUGGCUGCCAGCCAGAGCAGGUGACCCAGCGGCCAGAGGAAGGCAAGGAGAGCCUGAGCAAGAAUCUGCUCUUAGUAGCCCUGUGCCUGACCUUCGGGGUGGAGGUGGGCUUUAAGUUCGCCACCAAGACCGUCAUCUACCUGCUCAACCCUUGUCACCUGGUCACCAUGAUGCAUCUCCCCUUUGAAUUGGAGGUUUACUACAUUCAGCAUGUUAUGCUCUACGUGGUACCCAUCUACCUGCUUUGGAAAGGAGGUGCUUACACCCCAGAGCCUCUCCGCAGUUUCCAGUGGGCCCUGCUCUCGACUGGCCUCAUGUUCUUUUACCACUUCAGCAUCUUGCAGAUCCUGGGCCUGGUCACCGAAGUGAAUUUGAACAACAUGCUGUGUCCGGCCAUCUCAGACCCAUUCUACGGCCCCUGGUAUCGCAUCUGGGCCUCGGGACACCAGACUCUCAUGACCAUGACCCACGGGAAGCUGGUCAUCCUGUUCUCAUACAUGGCUGGGCCCUUGUGUAAAUAUCUGCUAGAUUUGCUCCGGCUUCCAGCCAAGAAAAUAGACUGAAGGUGCUUGUUUUUUUUUUUUUUUUCUCCCUGAGGAAACAAGUCCUGACUUGACUUGGAGGAACACCCAGUUCUUGAUGAAAUCAUGGGAGAGGGCAAUAGGAUAUUUGGUGUAUUUCUUCUUUCCUUCUCUCUGUCUCUUCCUUCAACUAUUCUUCUUUCCCUAGCUCUUCUCCCAGGACAUCUCCUUGAGCCUGGGGUGCAGUUCUGAGGGCUAGAUUUUUCCUCCUCCCCUUUGUCUCCUUCUCUCUGUUCCCAGUGGCCUUACCUGGGGAGAUGGUAGUCAGUGUCUCUUACAUUCUGCUUGCUGGUGCUUUCACAACAGCUGGUUGAGGAGGAAGGGACAACAGUCAUUCUUUUGGCAUCGAUGCAAUACGAUUGGGUUGUAUUUCAUCCUCCACUGCCAGGGACCUCCAGGCUCAUGCUGGGGUCCCCUUUUGUCUCCAGCCCAGCCCCCAAUUUAAGGGGCCUGAGGCCUUGUUUCUAUACCAGCAGCAAGUGGAAGGCCAAGGGAUUUCCUAGCUCAUGGCCAAAAUAGAACUGGCCAGAUUCUUCCCACUGGUGUCCCAUGACUCAAAGCAAGCGGCCAAGCAGCCACUCCCUCCAGGAUGCUGCCUGGGGAAGGAGGUGGGGGCAUUCCCUGCCCAAGGCUGCAUUCUCCUCAGGGGGUGGGAGAGCAGUUACCAUGGCAAAUCCAAAGGGAACCAAGUUCAAAUGUGCACAAUUAAUACUGGGCAGGAACCCGGGUAGAUGCUGCCUGUGCCAGCUGAGAACUGACACAUAUCCUGAUCAGGAUGAGUGUAGAAAUUAAUCAACAGAAGUGGUAACUUGACAAACUAUAAUUGGAAUCAUAUGUUCCAUUUUGGUUUCAUGUCAAUGAUAGAUGUCACUUCAGUCGGGAGUAACCUUUCAAAGUUCUCUCUCAAACGGCAGCUGCAAGGAAUGGACUUAGGGUUGCUGGCUGUAUUGUUUUGUUUUGUUUUGGUUUGGUUUGGUUUGGUUUCUGGUUGUUUUUUCUUUCCUUUGAUUUGUAGACAUGUUUAGUUUUGGAUGCUUGAGUUUGUACAAUCCUUGUUAUCGAAGCCUGAUUCCAGAGCAGCUCCUGAGAGCCACUUCAUCCACAGUUGAUCUGUCUGCAGCCUAGGUUCAGGCAGAUGUAGCCUGCCAGUAUUGUUUUCCUUCAGGCGGGCUGUGGUCUCUGUGGGCAGGCUCAGUGCUGAUGAGCUCAGCCGCCCUCCCUCCACCCCCCAAAGACCAUGUCUAGAUUAAAAAAGGCAGGCACCGAGGUAGCAGUUCUCCAUGGGUACGGAUUCGAGCGCUGUGCCUGGAAGACUUGAGGAGGGGAGUUUAGUCACAUGCAGGCCUCAGCCGUGUGGCAGGCCAAGACAUCUGCUGCAUCUUGUUGGCUCUUAGAACAGAUUUGCUUAUGGACAGUAAAGAGGGCUCAGUGACUUCCUGCCAUGGGCCUCCCUUCCCGUUUGCCACCUGCGCACCUGGUUGCCCCGGACCUGUUCCAGUAUUAGCAGUGUUACUGCUGUAUUAGACCUAAGUGUUGCUGCAGUGGCUCACGGUCAUGAUUUUAGCCAGAGUCCCUACAGGAGGUGGCAACAUUGCUGGGAAGUAACACCAGGCAAACUGAGACCCAGAGACACAACCUUGGGAGGGACUGCCCUGUCCUAGAGACCUGCGGGCAGUGAGGCUGUCCACCUCUGGGGAAGCAGGAGCCAGAACGCUGAGCACUCUCUGUCCACAGCACUUCCUGGCCAUGUGCAACCUUCACUUGGAGCUGCCUUUCAGGGCUUGGCCAAGCUGUUCUUAGUGCCUCUCACCCCACAGUUGCCCUUAGGAAGGGGGACCUCUUGAGUGGCUGAAUUUGUCCUGUCCACCCGCAGGCAGCCUCCUGUGGGAAUCUGGAGGAAUCCCCACAGUGGAUCAGGAACUGUACGUGGUCUCUCCUGCCCUUGGCUUCUUUACAAAAGGGAAGUUUGGAAUAGGCCACCUGAGGAGGCCCCAGGGCUUGUCCUCUCCCUUCCCACACACGGAGAUGCCACAGGCCAGUGAUGUGCCCCUCAGCUGGGGGCCAGCAGCCCGGGCAGGGGCCUGAUGCCAGAGUGGCACAGUGACUCAGCAGCUGUCUUCUACCCCAUCUCUGUGACAUGGCAGGGGUUCCAUCAGCCUGAGCUUUCCCCACACUGGCAUGUCUCAAAAGACUUGCCUUGGCCCUAGCUAGAGCUCAGCACCCCACGUCUGGCUGGUACUUGCUGCUGCUCACAGGAGAAGCAAAAGCCAUGUGCUUGGUGUGGCCAGGCCAGAGCUCUCAGGAGAAGGGGACCAUGAAGGGGAGCGGCAGGGCAUCUGCCACCCACGGUGACUCAGAAACAGGCAGGUGGCCCCAUCCCUGUGCCUUAGGAGGAGUCACGGUGUGUGCUCGCGGUGUUGGAGAGUAGCGGGCAUCUGAACAGGUCUGUGCCAUGAGCCAGGUUCAUGUGGAGAGGUAACCUGACCUGACUACGGCAGCCUACCUAGGAGGGUGGCCCCCGUACCAGUGGGCCCUGGCUUCCUAACUCCUUCCCUGGCUUUCAGUCAGUUCCAAGGCAGUUCCUCAGACGCCCUGGCCAAAUUUCCACAUGACGUCUGCCAGCGUGUGGGAGCACAGUGUGUAUCUGGAGUGCGCUUGUAGGAGUGGAUGGUUUCCUUGAAAACAGUCCCAGGAAGGGAAAGGAGCACUCCCUCGGGCCCCCAGGUAGUAUCAGCCAAGGAUCUGAGCCAACAGGAUCCAUCUGUUCAGCUGACCAGCUCACAGUGCCAGCUCAGAAUAGCAGAGGUGGCCAUGCCCGCUUGCAGGGCCCCACCAAGUGUCUGUUCUGUACACCAAAGAUGACCAUGCCCACCUUCCUCCUGGAGUCACAGUGACAUGUCCCAUCAGCUUGCGUGGAAUCCACAGACAUAGUCAUC